AGCUCGCCUGCACCUGGAUACCGAUUGGGCGAGCUAGCGUAUUGGGAGGUGGGCCUCGGUCAUUACCUUGGGCUAUACGGGGCGUGCAAAAUGGAUCAAGCGUACCGCGCGUCGUAUUGUACAAGGUGGGUCCGAUAGGAGCGCUGAUGGAAUUUGGACCGAGACAAGGUGGACCAGUGGUACAGUCGGACCGGUUUCCUUGUACCGAUGGCACAGAAAAGAACAAGGGCGUCAUCGCCAUCAGCUGCGCCACGCGGCCAACGGUCCUAAUUUAAUGCAGAUGCAGACUCCUUUCUUCCUCACCAGGCUGAGCAGAUCGAAAAACGAGCUACUACCUCGCGGCGAUGAACGAACCAGAGCAGAUUGGGCUAACGGGCAUCGGCGCAGGAAUCGAUUGUUUUCUCCAACCAGUGGAGAGGUUACCAAUCUUCGCCGAUGCGGUUGGGGAGAACACACCAGGCCUUGGAAGUACAUGGAGCCAUGGGAUGUCUUCUCAUGAAGUGGAAUCUGAUAGCUCAGCCAUGGCGGAUAUUCGCUGGACUGCGGAAGUGGAUUUCGGCAGGCGGCGUAAGGGCCAUAACUCUAACAACCACGGGCCAGCUGAUUCACAGGAGUCCAUAGACGGUCUUAAUCCAGAAGCUCCUGGAUGGAUAAAAAGGGUCCGAGCUGCUUCAAUGCCACCCGACAGGACACCUUGCGCAACACGAGUUGGGGCGCUUGAGCAGUCAAUCCGAGGGUUCGCUGAAAGGAAAUCCCAAGUCGUGGUAUACCCUGAAACUGGGAUGACCUUUGAUUCUAUUGGCGAAGCCUAUGACUUCUACAAUCUCUAUUCUUGGGAAUAUGGUUUUGGGAUAAGGUACGGCAAAAGUCGGCUGAAUGUGGAGAGGACUAAAUGCAUGCAAGAAAUAGUAUGCGGAUGCUCGGGGAAGCCGAAGAGGACAAACACCCGGUCCUGCAGGUGCGAGUGCCCUGCCAUGAUUCGUUUGCUCCGGACAGAUGACAAUGGUUGGUAUAUUAGCGAGCACCGGUCUACGCACAACCACUCGUUGUCCAAGACUUGCGGUGAGCUAGUGCAUUGGCCAUCACACAAGCACAUUGACAUUUACACAAAAGAUCUGGUAAAGCAGUUGAGGGAGAACAAUAUCAACAUUAGCAAGGUGUACAACAUCAUCAGCAGUUUUUUUGGCAAUAUGGAGAACGUACCAUUCACAAAGAGGUCCCUGAGAAGCUUGUGUGGACAGAGCCGGAACCAGGCUGAUGAUGACGUGAAGAAAACCAUGGAGGUCUUUGCGGAGCUGGGAGCAAAGGAUCCUGAUUUCUGCUAUCGUGUACAGCCAGACAAGGAAAGCCGUAUCAAGAACCUUAUGUGGACCAAUGGUACAAGCAGGGAUCAGUACAAGUAUUUUGGUGAUGUGAUUACUUUCGACACCACGUACAGGACAAAUCUAUAUGAUAUGCCUUUUGGGUUAUUUGUCGGUGUAAACAAUCACUUUCAGAGUAUUAUUCUAGGGGGCGUGUUGGUUCAGGAUGAGAAAGUGGAAAGCUUUGAGUGGGUCUUCGCUGAAUUUGUCCGGAUGAUGGGAGGGAAGGCACCAAGAACAAUACUGACAGAUCAGAACCGAGCCAUGGAGAUCGCGAUACGAAACGUCUUGCCGGAUACAACACACAGAUGGUGCAAGUGGCAUGUGCUGAGAAAAGCUAACGAGUGCCUUGGUCAGUUGUACGCGAAAAGAAAUGAAUUUAGAUCUGACUUCCACAAAGUUGUGAAUCACAUGCUAACGGAGGAUGAGUUUGAGACGGGAUGGCAGUUAUUGAUUGACAAAUACAGUGUCAAAGAUAACCCAUUCCUAACACAGAUUUAUGAAGUUCGUAAAAAGUGGGCAAAGCCAUAUUUCAAAGGAGUUUUCUGUGCCAAGAUGACGAGCACACAGAGGAGUGAGAGUGCAAACCACAUGUUGAAGUCGUAUGUCCCUCCAGGAUGUGCAAUGCACAUGUUUGUGAAGCAAUAUAUAAGGCUUCAGUUUGAUAGGGACACUGAUGAGAGCUACGAGGAGAAGAUGACUAAGAUUGGUGGAGUGGUCCUGAAGACUAAAACAUUGCUUGAGAGGCAUGCUAGCAAGAUUUACACCAGGGCCAUGUUCACACAGUUUGGGAAGGAACUAUACGAAGCCAGUGCUUAUGAAGUAACGGAAGCUGAGAAGGAUAAGUUGUAUGUUGCCAUGCAUAACCAGGCUGAUAAAAGAGAAGCGUGGUGCAGGGUGUCAUUCAAAGUGCAGGUGGUAGAUAAUGGAAGAAAAUUUGUGUGCGAGUGUGGAAAUUUUGAACAUACGGGUCUGUUGUGCUGCCAUGCACUCAAGGUGAUGGAGUAUUUAAAGGUUAAGGAGAUACCUCCAGAUCACAUUGUGAAGAGGUGGACGAGAGAUGCAAGAGAUGUGUUGCCUGAACACCUCCAGCUGUAUCAGCGAGAUAAGAAUGCAGCUCGGUCAAUAACUUUUAGGCACUCGAACCUGUACGUGAAUGCAAUGGAGCUUGUUAGAAUCGGUGAUGCCAAUGUGGCAGCGUAUGAGAAAGCUAUGGAAAUUUUGAAGAAUGGGAUUGUGACAGUGACACCACUAAGCCUUGAAAGGGAUGGUUUAGGUUUGGAAGACCGGGAGGGUGCCAAGGCACGGGACCGUACGUCUGAAGGAAAUGCGGCCUAUCAUAGUGAGACAGAGUCAGCGGCACCAAUGAGGCUGUCCAGUCUUUUGGCACCAAUGAAGAAUCGAAAAGCGGGAAGACCAACGACGAGUCGUGACAAGACACCUUAUGAAGAUAUCAGCAAGCGUUCGAGAUUCUGCAGUAUUUGUCGUAGUAGAGGUCACAAGAGCACAACAUGUCCCCAGAGAGGCGACAUGCCAAAAAAACCGAGGAAAGAAGCUAGGUGUAGUCAGUGUGGUUUGACAGGUCACCGAAAGAACGCAUGUUCUAAACAUUCCGCUGAUGUCCUUAGAGCUAAUGGCGGUGUUAUCAUGUAAAUCAUCAUUUUGCCUGUCGGACGAAAAAAUUAGAUUGUUCAAAAAGAACUUCAUUUUACAUUUAAAUAUUGUGGUACUGGGCUGUGUUGAAGGCUGUGGUUACUGGUUAGGCAGUUAGGCACUGUUUGGUGUCCACAGAUUGUUAUAUCAACUAUAGGUACUUGGGUAACAGGAAAGUGAAAACACCUACGGGUGUCUUCACAGUUUUUCAGUAUAA